UGGUUUUCUUCCAAUCUUCCACAACAUGAAAGAUCAUUCCUUACUUUAGUAGUGUUGAAAAUAUUUAUCGUAGUGAAUUUUACUGUGUAAUUAUAAACGUUUACUUGUUUUCAUAAUAGCUACAGUGACAGCUAUUUACCUCCUUUUGUUUAACUAGUUUGGUUUCUAUAACUACUUAGCUGGCAGUGAUAAAAUUAUAUGUCGACAGUGAUACGCAUGCAGGAUUUGGAAUACGGUGGUCAUUAUUAAAAUACCUAUUUUCUACAGAAUCAGACUAUUCUAUUGUCGUGUUAUAUCAAUUACCGCUAUGUGAUCGAAACCCAGCCGAUGACGACAACAUAAUUAUGCACACUACACCUUCAUCGUAGUUAGUGCGAUGUUGUAAAUUGUGUUAUUUUGAUACCUAAAACUUGCCCUGCCGCUUACCAUUAGCAAAAUGGAAGACGACGGAGAUGAUAAAGAUGACUCCAAAAGGAGGACUAGGAACAUGAGUGAGAAGAAAAGGCGAGACCAGUUUAAUCUCCUAGUUAAUGAACUGAGCAGUAUGGUGUCUUCAAAUAAUCGGAAGAUGGACAAAUCUACAGUCUUAAAAUCAACUAUAUCAUUUUUGAAAAAUCACAAUGAAAUAACAGUUAGAUCAAGAGUCCAUGACGUACAGGAAGACUGGAAACCGGCAUUUUUGUCAAAUGAAGAAUUUACAUAUUUAGUUUUGGAAGCCCUUGAGGGCUUUGUGAUGGUCUUCUCCGCUAGCGGGCAUGUUUAUUAUGUAUCGGAGAGCAUAACAUCAUUACUGGGCCACAAUAUGAGUGAUGUGGUGAACAAAAGCAUCUUUGAUUUAGCUUUUGAGGAUGAUCACCCAAACUUGUACAAUAUACUUCAGGGUCCCGGUACAGCAGUAGACACAAUACAAAGAGGAAGCCAAGAUAACGAGAUACGGUUCCAGUGUCACCUGAGACGCGGUACUCUGGACUUCAGAGACGAAAGCACGUACGAACUGGUCGAGUUCAGCGGACACUUUCGUACAAACACAGAGCCGCUAGAUAAUGAAGACUUGCCUUAUAGAGCGGAUCACGAAUCCAGAUUAUUCGUGUGCACGGGGCGCCUGCACACGCCGCAGCUGCUCUGUGACGUGUCUCUGGUGGACUCGAACCGCAACGAGUUUACCUCGCGUCACAGCUUUGAGUGGAAGUUCCUGUUCCUCGACCAUCGCGCGCCGCCCAUCAUCGGCUAUCUGCCCUUUGAGGUGCUCGGCACCUCCGGCUACGAUUAUUACCACUUUGACGACCUAGAGAAGGUUGUCAAUUGUCAUGAAGCUCUCAUGCAAAAAGGAGAACUAACGUCUUGCUACUACCGGUUCCUGACCAAAGGCCAGCAAUGGAUUUGGUUGCAGUCACGGUUUUACAUUACCUACCAUCAAUGGAAUUCGAAACCAGAAUUCGUAGUUUGUACUCAUCGUGUUGUGAAUUACGCCGACGUAGCAAAAAUCGGGAAACAGGAAAGUGUCGAGGCGGAGCCGGCGGUGCAGGAGGUGGUGGCAGAACAGCCGAAGGAGAGCAAAGCGGAGAAGCCGCCCGAGGAGCCGGUCGCGGACAUGUCCCCCGCGUACAUAUCCGAGGCGUGCGACUCCUACACCGCCUCCUACUCUGCCGUGUCGCGGCCGGCGUCAGUGAAGUCGGCGUCAGGCAGUUCGACGGGCACGACGGCGACGACGGGCGCGCCGUCCGUGUACACGUCGUGGCCGCGCGCGUGCACGCGCUACGCCAGCUCCGAGUCGUCGCGCUAUGCGCCCGCCGAGCCGAGCCGGUACGCGCCCGGCUGCGACACCGGCUCGCUCUCCGGCGACUCGCGCUCGUCGCAGCGGCACACUACUCGCACGAAGCGUGCGUUACGAAAUACCGUGUUAGCCAGUUAUGGUGACGGUGGACUGAUGACGUUCUCGCAGCUCAAGCACGAGCCGACGCUGGUGCCUCAGCGCGCGAUUGGCGCGCAGUACCUGGAGCCGGCGCCGUACGUGGGCGCGGUGAGCGUGCCCGCGCCGAUGGUGUCGGUGGUGCCGGCGCUGCCCGGCGUGCUGCCGCUGUCGCUGCCCUCGCUACCCGUCAUUGUCACGCCCGACCAGGCGCAGAUGCAGUGGCCGUGGCAGGAGCAGCUGCAGCAGAAGCACGAGGAGCUGCAGCAGAUGAUCGUGCGCCAGCAGGAGGAGCUGCGGCAGGUCAAGGAGCAGCUGCUGCUGGCGCGCCUCGGCAUGCUGGAGCCCUUGCCCGCUGUGACGAACCCAUACCUAAACAACGAAACAGAGAGAAACCCGCCACGGCUUCCUGGCGAGCUGGUGUACGAGGAGUCGGACCGCGUCCUGGCCGUGGCCGGCUACCCGCCGCCCCCGCCCCCGCCCCCGCCCCCGCCACACCCGCUCCCGCCACAGUGACUCCCCACACCCACCAGCCGGUAAGGUUACAGGCUAUGUUACCCUAGCUUACCAGGCUGUACCAGGUAAUGAAGCAACUGGUCUUAUUGUUAUGAUCACUUCUCAUAAAUACUUAACAUACCUAUAGUGAUCAUUUGAUUUGACGCCUUCAUGAUUGACUAAUUUAUGUCGAUUAGUAGGCCACUUGGAGGUUUUAAAGCGAUUACGAAAAUCGCCUUUGAUCUCCGCUACCUCUACUCAUACUACCGACGUAGAUGUUCUGCAUGUGUGCCAAUACCAAUGAAAAUGUAUGUGAUAUUUCCAUUUUCUUUUUACGACGCUUGUUUCAUAAUACUGUAGUAAAAUUAUGAAGAAUUAUUUUUUUAUUGUAUAUUAUACAUAUUUUAGUUCUCGUAGUAAUAAAGGUCACCCUGCUCAUGUAUGUUCUAAUUUGGGUCCUUUUAUACGAGAUAACAUAAGAUUUUUUUAGCAAAAAGAAAUAGUGCUAUUGAAUCAUGCCAUAAAACUGUUAUUAGGUAUAUUGUUAAUAUUUUUAAAUCAGCAGUAGUAUUAAUUUAGUAUUCGACGAAACGGUGGAGUUAUUAUUAUAUUUCGUUUAAGCGUCACAUCAAUGAAUUUGCUGUUUAUGAAGUAAAAAAAUCGGCCAAGUGCGAGUCGGACUCGCGCACCGAGGGUUCCGUACUUUUUUGUAUUUGUUGUUAUAUGUAUAGCGGCAACAGAAAUACAUAAUUUGUGAAAAUUUCAACUGUCUAGCCAAUACGGUUCAUGAGAUACAGGAGUAAUAGGGUCCCGUUUUUACCCUUUGGGUACGGAACCCUAAAAAGCGACUUGUGUUGUUUAACUUAAGGGCUACUGCAAACGCAACUAUAGUUAUUUGUGCAACAAGAGAGGAAAGUUGGUUUUUCUUGCGAGUGUUUAUUUUGAGUCCUGAUAAUUGAAUCACGAGCGAAGCGUGAUUCUAAGUUAGAAUCUUGAGCGUAGCGAGGGACUCAAAAACACGAGAUGUAAAAUAACUUUGCUCUCGUGUUGCACAUAUGAUUUUUCACCUCAGUAGUGAGAACAUAUUAAAGGUUAAAAUGUAUUUCGAAUUACACAAAAUAAUACAGUAACAAAAAAAUAAAAGAAGUAUGAAGUGGCAGUUCAUGGCCUUCACUAAAUUAAAAAGCUACUUUGUUUCACUCCCUGGAGUGAGGAAAGUAGGCUUGUUCGACCUGCUGAGGUGAAAAAAUAUGUAACAGUCGACGUCAAAGAUAUGUUUACACUUUUGCGUCUUAAUCCUUUGUAAUAAAGCGAAAAAUGUAAACAUAUUUUGACGGCGAUUGUACGAGUGUGUCAUGGAAAUCUUGUAGACAAACUGACAGAUUAGUCAGAAACGCAUAUAUGUAUGUUGAAACAGUCCAGUGGCUGCCGACAUGGAGUGCACAAUACAGAGUUGAAUGAUUAGGGAGGUGGUAGCACACGGCGAUUUCUUGCAGCAAUUCAGUCGCGAUACAGCCAAGAUACAGUCGCGAUACAGUACCGAUACAGUCCCGAUGUAGAAUUCAUUCAGAAGCGGCACCCCCCUCCACUUUUCCUAUACCCGAUGUAGCGCGAAACAGUUGCGCGUUUGCAUCUAUGCAGAAACGAUGCUGAAUUAUAGUUCGUUUUUUUAGCAUUACAAAAAAAGGUAAACAAUCUUGACGUGUCUUUUUAUUGAAAAAUAUUUAAAAAACGCUUUUAAAAAAUUAGUUUAUAUUACGUAUGAAAGCAAAAGAAUGUAAAAGAUCGUAUAUGAUUUAUAAAUGUAAGAUAUUUGCCGUGACUUAUUUUUCAAAAGUUAUUUAAAAAAAAGACGUCAAGAUAGCUUUUCUAUCUAAUGCUAAAAAAAAACGAAUUAUAAAAUAGCGCGACUGCAUAACAACAGUCGCGCGUUUGUAUCGCCACUGUGUCGCUCGUGCGUUGCAUAUGUGCCAAGGCACAUGCAGCGAUUCAGUCGCGCGUUCACGAAACGCGUGUAUUAAUCGCUGCAAAAAGUCGUGUCUGACCUCCCUUAGAUCUGAACGCAGUAGAGUUUGCAGUGGCCUAUAUGUAUUGUGGUAUGUGUUUGUGCUCUUAAAAUAUUAUGCGGCUGUGUAUAUUUUGAUAAUGGAACUGUAUGAAAUCUAUUUUUGUUGAUUUUUUGUAAAUAUAUUACCGAUCCUGCUACAUGACAGCUUAGUGUAGGCUUGACUGUUCGUUUUAAUAAUAAGUAUCAUAUCUGAUUCUAUUUUAAAGAAAAUAUAUUAUUCAUUUACUUGAUUGUUUAUUUUGUUGCAUUUGUUUGUAUAAUGGUUUUAACAUUUUAUCAUGUUUCAUAAUAUAUGUUAGGUACGUUAAAUAUAAAUAUAUUUUAUUGUAUACAUUCAUAUGUAUAUCGUCAUCGAUGUGACUUAGUGUGUAGUACCGUAAACCAGGGUCAAUAGAAUAGUAGAAAACAAUUGUGUACCUUUUAAGGAUUUGGUAAAAAAGGCUAUGCGAACAUUUUAUUUUAAUACCUACAUAAAUGCAAAGUAACGCUACCAGGGGGGUGUCACUUCGCAGUUUAGGUACAUUUGGCCGGCGCGCCUCCCGGGCAGGCGUAUGGCAAUGGGCUGCCGCUCGACUAGCGCAAAAUUAAAAAUACAUAAUGCCUUCGAAACCUAAAUCUAUAGAUAUUGUUCUGUUUACGGAUGUCUGAAUAAACGGAAGAACAAGGAAGCAGAAAUGACAUUUUUUUAAAUUCCGGACUAUAUUGACCGACAUAUUUAAGAGCGCUGGUGGCCUAGCGGUAAGAGCGUGCGACUUGCAAUCCGGAGGUCGUGGGUUCAAACCCCGGCUCGUACCAAUGAGUUUUUCGGAACUUAUGUACGAAAUAUCAUUUGAUAUUUACCAGUCGCUUUUCGGUGAAGGAAAACAUCGUGAGGAAACCGGACUAAUCCCGACAAGGCCUAGUUU